AUGCUUCUGCCGGGCCAUGCGCGCCCGCCGCCCGCGCCGCAGCCCGCGCAGCAUCCUGGACUCCGCAGGCAGGUAGAGCCUCCCGGGCAGCUCCUGCGCCUCUUCUACUGCACUGUCCUGGUCUGUUCCAAAGAGAUCUCAGCGCUCACGGACUUCUCUGGUUACCUAACCAAACUCCUGCAGAACCACACCGCCUAUGCCUGCGAUGGGGACCAUUUGAAUCUACAAUGCCCUCGGCAUUCUACGAUAAGUGUCCAGUCGGCCUUCUAUGGGCAAGAUUACCAAAUGUGUAGCACCCAGCAGCCUGCCUCCCAGAGGGAAGACAGCUUAACCUGCGUGGCACCCACAACACUGCAGAAGGUGCUGGAUGAAUGCCAGAACCAGCGUGCCUGCCAUCUCCUGGUCAAUAGCCGUGUUUUUGGACCUGACCUUUGUCCAGGAAGCAGUAAAUACCUCCUGGUCUCCUUUAAAUGCCAGCCUAAUGAACUAAAAAACAAAACCGUGUGUGAAAACCAAGAGCUGAAGCUGCACUGUCACCCAUCGAAGUUUCUCAACAUCUACUCUGCGAGCUACGGCAGGAGGACCCAGGAGCCAGACAUCUGCUUCUCAGAAGCAGAGCGGCUCCCCCCGUUUGACUGUCUGUCUUACUCAGCUUUGCAAGUGUUAUCCAGGAGGUGCUACGGGAAGCAGAGAUGCAAAAUCAUCGCCAACAAUCACCAUUUCGGGAGCCCGUGUCUGCCAGGAGUGCAAAAAUACCUCUCCGUCACCUAUGCCUGUGUUCCCAAGAACAUACUCACAGCGAUCGAUCCAGCCGUUGCUAAUCUGAAACCUUCUUUGAAGCAGAAAGACGGUGAAUAUGGUAUAAACUUUGACCCAAGCGAAACGAGGGUUCUGAGGAAAGACGGAGUUAUUGUUAGCAACUCUCUGGCUGCCUUUGCCUACAUCAGAGCCCACCCAGAGAGAGCAGCCCUGCUGUUCGUGUCCAGUGUCUGCAUCGGUCUUGCACUCACAUUGUGCGCCCUGGUCAUCAGGGUGUCCUGCACCAAGGACUUCCGAGAGCUGCAGCUGGUGAAGGAGCACCUCGUGCCAGGAAGUGACAAGGCUGAGGAAGACAGUGAGGAUGAAGAGGGGGAGGAGGACUCUUCAGACUCUGAUUUUCCAGGGGAACCGUCUGGGUUUUGUAGGACUGCGUAUCCUGUCUACAGUUCCAUAGAAGCUGCAGAGCUGGCCGAAAGGAUUGAGCGCAGGGAGCAAAUCAUCCAGGAAAUAUGGAUGAACAGUGGUUUGGACACCUCACUCCCGAGAAAUAUGAGCCAGUUCUACUGAAAAAGAGACACAUCUUACGCGAUCACACUUUCUGAAGAGGGAAGGAUCCAAAAUGCCCCUCCGGUUCUAUUUCACUCGUACCUUCCAUGAAGGAGUAUUUGUUAUGUCAUCCAAUACCGGUGAAGCGAGAAGCUGUUAAAGGGACCUUUCCAACUGUUUACAGCACAUUCAAAAUAAACUAGGAGGGAAGUC